GGGCCGAUGAUGUCAUCGCCGCGGGGGGGGCGCUCCGUUCCGGCGCGGCGCGGCCAUGGACCGGCGGCGGCGGCGGGGCCCGGGCGAGCAGGAGUGACCCACCCGUGACGCCGCUGGGAUCCCGGCUGUGGAGCCCAGGCUGUGAGCAGCAGCCCCAGGCCCCAGGACCAGCCUCCCCUGCUCUCCACCAGCCAUGCCCAUCCUCAAGCAGCUCGUGUCCAACUCUGCGCACUCCAAGCGCCGCUCGCGCGCCGACCUGACGGCCGAGAUGAUCAGCGCCCCGCUGGGCGAUUUCCGCCACACCAUGCACGUGGGGCGCGCCGGGGACGCCUUUGGGGACACCUCCUUCCUCACCAGCAAGGCCGGGGAGCCGGUACCGGAGGCGGGAGAGGAGCUGGGAGCCUCCAAGCCCGGCCUGCUGUCGCGCCGCUUCCGCAGCAGCAAGCGCUCGCAGUCGGUGACGCGCGGCGACCGGCGCGACAUGCUGGGCUCGCUGCGCGACUCGGCGCUCUUCGUCAAGAACGCCGUGUCCCUGCCCCAGCUCAACGAGAAGGACGUGGACAGGAGCGCGGGGCAGCUGCCCAAGAGCCUCUCCUCCAGCCCUGUGAAGAAGCUGCCCGAGGAGAUGAGCCCCGAAGAGCAGCAGCGCCCCAACGGGGCGGCCGCGGGGCCGCUGAGCCCCGGCUUGGACGAGCGCGACUUCGGGGACAUCACGGAGCUGCCCGUGCUGGUGGCCAAGGGCGGGGCGGGCUUGAAGCACGCCGAGUCCAUCAUGUCCUUCCACAUCGACCUGGGGCCCUCCAUGCUGGGGGACGUGCUGAGCAUCAUGGAUAAGGAGCAGUGGGAGCAGGACGAAGAUGCCGAGGCGGAGGAGAGCCGCGAGGAGGAGGAGGAGGAGGAGGAAGGCGAGCCUGCCCCGCCCGGCUCCCCGCUGGCGGCCGUGGUGGCCCGGCCGAGCCAGAGCCGCAGCCCCAGGGACAGCAGCCCUGUGUCCAGCUGCACUGAGGAGCGCAGCCCCGUCCCCAGGCCACCGAGCCAGCGGGGAGGGACCCCCAGGCGCCCCGACAAGGAGUUCUCGUUCGCUGACGAAGACGAUGACGAGAUCCGGGUAUAAGGGCGGGCGCCGCGCCGAGGGUCUGGGUGUCACUGCUUGGACACGGGGCUGAGCACCCAGUGGUGGCACUGGGGAAGACUGGACUCCUCUCCUGCCUCGUUCCCUCUCUGUGCUGCAGCAGGACAGCGCUCUGCCCCCGGGGCCGGGGGCUUCCUGAUGUUUGCAGCCCCCGAGAGCUCCAGCACUUCUGGGAGGGGGAACAGACUCAGUUUUGGUUCUUUCUGCUGGACUUUGGAUAUUAGCUCCUUUCCCCCUGCCCGUGUAAAGCGAUUUAGGAUCCAACAAGACGAGCCUUUGGAGUUUUAGCCUCUUUAGUAAUAUAUGUAUAUUUUCCGCCGUACAGUUUUUACUGUUUUCUGAUUUGUACUUACCUUUCUCUACUCUCUUUUGGUUUUAACUGAGGGAGGAUUUUCCCACGAGGAAGAACUUGGCUCUGGAGGUCAGAGGUGGCCUGGGACUAUGGGCAGCUCCAGGUUGCUGGGCUUUUUGGGGACUUUCUGCAGACCAAGAGACUCUCUGUGCCGUGGCAGGUGCUUGCUCCCCAUCCCUCGGAUGGAUGGAUGGAUGGAUGGAUGGAUGGAUGGAUGGAUGGUUCCAUCCCAGAUUCCUGACCCUCCAACCAGCCUGGGGGUCACAGGGAUGCUGAUGGAAAUGUGGGUCUGUCCCCUGUGGGAGGAGCACCAGGAAGCUGCUGGAACCAGGGAAUUCUGGUGUCCUGGUGGGGCUGGGCAGUGCUGGGAGCAGGCAGCUGGAACAGCAGGUUUUUUACUGUGUAUGUACAAAUGCAAGGAAUAAAAGGAAAUGGUAGUGAC